AGAGAGAGGGAGAGAGAGAGAGAGAGAGAGAGAGAGAGAGAGAAAAUUACUCCGUUACUCGCGCUGCCGUUUGACGUUGGCCGUAAGCGUCGCGACAUCAGGUUCAUUAUCGUCGAUCCGCGAUAUCGACGUGUGACGAGCAGAACGAUCGACCAAUCACCUGGUUUGAUCGAAAUCGAAAUGCUUGAGACAAUUUAAAUUUAUGUUCAGAGUAUAACCGGUCUGUCGCGAAAUUCAUUUGUAUUUUGUCUCCCGAGGGUCGGUCGUUGAUGUCGGAUCACGCGCCUAAUUGCGGAUCCCUGCGAGAUUGCGCGGAAUGUCGAGUAAACGUGACCAUUCCUCUUUGCCCAAUUGUAAAACAUCAACGAAGCAAAAGAAUCGCAUCGUCCAUCAAAUCACGUGUGGAUUCUGAAAAUAAUAACAACGUUAAUUGCAAGACGAUUAACGAAAGUUGUCCGAAUAUUUCGGUAAUUGGAGCGGCAAGAUCGAUCGAAAGAACAUCGAGGAAAUCGGAAGGAAAUUCAAUCGAGUCCUUGUAAAGACAGCAGCGACGAGAUCAAUCAUAGAAUGCCUUAUGUUCAGCCAAGAAUUCGAAUCUCGGCAGAGGAAUGAGCAGCGCUCAGAAUCAAUUGAGUACGGGCGAGAAUCGGACGCGGGUAACCCUCUCCACCUGCGAGUCUGAGACCGCCGUUAGCACCACCGACAUACCGAGACGAAAGUAUCUGCCGUUAACGGUGGCGAGUCGCAGCCCCUGCGUACUUUCUCGCAGGCGAGUAUCCUUCAGCGACGCCGUUGUCGAGACCGCCGAUCGCCGAGCAGCGAUCAUGCAAAACGAUCUGACGUGUUCGCGUCGCGAUAACGGCGGCAGAGCCGGCGAGCGGGAAACCGUCUACGACAUAUGGCAGGCGGACGACGCGGUCGGCAGAAGCGACGACGGCUACGAGAACACACCGAGGAUCGAUAAUUAUUUGGAAAACCGCGUGUCGGAUUGCACCCUCAACAAAGAUCGGGAUUUGCCGGAAAACGUCGACGAGACCGUUGCGAGAGAUGGACGCGUGCGAGACAGCGGCGAGAGCGACGUUCGCUCAGCGGAUCACGUCGUCGAGAACGCGCCGGGGAGAAUCGAGUACGAAGACGGUACCGUGUCGAACGAGGACAUAUCCAACUCCUCCAGCUACAAGGACUACGUAGACUCUUACAUCGGCCGUGACGAGUGUCGUAUGCGAGGGGGCUGCGGUGGUGGAUGUUGCAGAACGCCACGCAAGAAUAGCGUCGAGAGUUCGCAGAAUCACGGUUGCUGCUGCUGUGGCGGAAGAUUCGUCGCGGAGCCGAAUGAAUCAUGUGCGCCGGAGCCUAUCGUUAGGUGCGACGGCGGUGUUAAAGCAGCUGCUUGCACCGUCGCGGUGUCGCGUUGCUGUUGUCUUUGCGCCCAAGAGUGUCGCCGAGCGGUCUGCAAGAAGGCGGCCACCAGGUGCGGCGAGGUAGCGCAGACAGGUGCCCGAAGUUGCGGCGGCGGUGGGUGUUGCGGCGGCGGGUGUCGCGGCGGCUGCGGGAAACCCGGUCGGAUCUGCAUGCCGUCGUCGUCGCGAGUCUGCAGCCCGCCGGCUCGACCUCGGUCCUCGUGCGGGAGGUCGCCUUGCGCGCGACCUCGCUGUCCCACGCGGUCCCCUUGUCCUCCGGCGGAUCAUGCGACAAACGGAUGUUUGUCCGGUUGUGGAAGUUGCCACUGCUGCGACGGAGGAAGACACGAGUGCGGAAGGUGCGAACUGCAAGUUCCUGCGCGGAAUAUCCCGAAACCGUCAGGGAUAUGCUCUGUCUCUUUUGUUCUUUUUCCACUUUCGAGGCCGACUCGGCACCAAUUUUCUUACACGGUGAAAAAUUUUGUCUCGAGACGCCGAUCCAUCCUCGUCAGCGGUUGUUGUGUCAACGAUAGGACAAAAUGCGGUGCUGACGGAGCUUGCUGUCGACUGAAACUGCCGAUGGGCUGCGAGUGCUUCGGCGGCGGUCUCGACUGUCGGCGAUGCGGAAGAAAGGUCUACCAGGCUGAGAUGCAAAUUGUCUCUGGAGCGCCGUAUCAUAACAUUUGCUUCAGCUGUUUUUGUUGCCGAAAGCCGCUGGAAUCGUUGACUUAUCAGGAGAACUGCGGCGAAAUAUAUUGCAAACAAUGUUAUGUGCGUAAUUUUGGACCGCAAGGAUACGGUUAUGGCGCGGGGGCCGGCGUGCUGCAGACUCCCCUGUGA